ACCUGGCUGGGCUUCAUGGUGAAACCUGUCCUAAUCACCAGCCCAAAUCCCAGAGCAGCCCCCAUCUUUCCAUGGACAGAAUGAGAAGCCUUGUGUAACCAGACACAGCUGGCCACCAUGGGGAAGUUGAUCAGGAUGGGGGCGCAGGAGAGGCGGUUACUCCGGCCAAAGAGGCUUCGCUGGAGUCGUCUCCUCUUCCUACUGGGAAUGUUGCUCAUUGGUCCCAUCUUCCAGCACCUGAGUAGCCCCUGGGGUCUCCCUGCACUGUGGGAACCAGUCUCUUCCCAACACCCUGUAAAACUGGCCAUCCAGGACUUCUCCAAUGAUGAGAUGGUGAUGGUGAGCAGUGACCCUCCAGAAGCUAGCUCUGAAAUGGAGGGUGAGAUGCUGGCGCCUCAAGCCACGGUGGGCAGGUAUAAAGCAACACCUGGCAUAGCCACAGAGAACACCCCCAAUUUACCCAGAAGAACAGCCAACAUCACUCCAACAAAACCUAAGACUAACUACAGCCCGACACCAGCAGGCACAGAAAGAGUGAAGAAAAACACCCCAACCACACCCAGUAGAGUAUUGAAUCAUUACACUCUAACUUCAAGCAGACAAACAGUAAAGAAUUUUACCCCAACAAUACCCAGGGGAGAAAUGAAGAGCUCCCACCCAACUCGAGUCAGCAAAAAGGUGAAGAAAUACACCCCAUCCCCACCUGGUAGAACAGUAGACAAUUAUGCUUCAUCCAUGUUCAUGACAAUGAAAAUGAGCCAUGCGAUCACCCCCAGGACAGCAGUGAAAGAUAGUGAAACUAUGGCGACCUACAAAAUAAUGGGGACCAACACCCCUAAAAGAAUAGUAGAGGAAAAUACCCCAACUAAUCUGAAGGGAGUAGCUGGUAACACCCCAAUUUUCCUGGCAAAUGAAGUAGAAAUGAACAUCUUGACUUCUCCAAGGAGUAUAGUGGAAAAGGACACCCUGUCUACCCCCAGGAGAGUGGAAAAUAACAGCUCAACCAAACCCUGGAGGCUAGUGGGAAAGAACAACCUAACAACUCCCCGGAGAGCAGUUCUGGAGUAUACCCCAGCCAUCUCUGAGGGGCAAGUGACGAAAAGCACCAGGCCAGCCAGCAGCCCAGCAGAAACCAAAGCCUCCACAGUCUCCUGGAGUGUUAGGAAUUCCUCACCCAGAACCAGUGUACCAACCAUUGGAACUGCCUCAGCCACCUUCCGGGGAUUGGUAAAGAAAGCGUCCUCGGCACCCAGCACAUCAGUAACCCCCAGGGUCAGGGCAAAUCCGACCACCCAGGUCCGUCACUGUGUGGUUGUGGAGCCAGUGCCUGCUGUGCCCACCACUCCCUCCCCCAGCCUGACAACAGAAGAGCCCAGUCCCAGCCCCUCAGUGCUGCCUUCCAGCCCCCCAGACCUCCACCCCAAGGCGGAGUACCCCCCGGACCUGUUCAGUGUGCAGGAGCGGCGGCAGGGCUGGGUGGUCUUGCACAUCUUCGGCAUGACGUAUGUGUUUGUGGCCUUGGCCAUUGUGUGUGACGAGUACUUUGUUCCAGCCCUGGGUGUCAUCACAGACAAGCUGCAGAUCUCCGAGGAUGUGGCGGGCGCCACAUUCAUGGCUGCUGGGGGCUCUGCCCCUGAGCUCUUCACCUCCCUCAUCGGAGUCUUCAUCUCCCACAGCAACGUGGGCAUCGGCACCAUCGUGGGCUCCGCCGUGUUCAACAUUCUGUUUGUCAUCGGCACCUGUGCCCUCUUCUCCCGGGAGAUCCUCAAUCUCACCUGGUGGCCCCUGUUCCGUGAUGUUACCUUCUACAUCCUUGACCUGAUGAUGCUCAUCCUCUUCUUCCUAGACAGCUUCAUUGCCUGGUGGGAGAGCCUAUUGCUGCUGUCGGCCUAUGCCCUCUAUGUGUUCACCAUGAAAUGGAACAAGCAGCUCGAGGUCUGGGUGAAGGAGCAGCUCAGCCGGAGGCCCAUGGGCAAGGUCAUGGCCCUGGGGGACCUCAGCAAGCCAGGCAAUGGGGCCGUUGCGGUGGAUGAGCCACAAGAUAUCAAGAAGCUGAAGCUCCCAUCUGUGCUGACCCGAGGGAGCAGCUCUGCCUCACUGCACAACAGCACCAUCCGCACCACCAUCUACCAGCUCAUGAUCCACAGCCUGGAACCCCUGGGGGAAGCCCACCUCUCCAAGGACAAGGAGGAGGAGAACUUGAAUCAGGAGGCCAGAGCCAAAUCCCAGAUCAAAGCAGAAAGCAAACCAGAAGAGGAGGAGUCUGGUGAGCUUCCUGGGGUCACGCCCACACCAGCCCCUGCUCCAGACAUCAGUGGAGAUCAGGAGGACGAUCCUGACAGCCAGGAAGGAGAUGUGGCUGAAGCCAAGAGCACAGGUGAAAUGACAGGUGGAGAGGUUGAAGCUCCCGGUGAAGGUGAAACUGGAGAGCAAAGUGGAGGUGAAACUCAACUCGAAGGUGAAGGUGAAGUCGAAGCAGAAGGAAAAGGAGACAAUGAAGGUGAAGGUGAAGUCGAAGCAGAAGGAAAAGGAGACGAUGAAGGUGAAGGUGAAGUCGAAGCAGAAGGAAAAGGAGACAAUGAAGGUGAAGGUGAAAUUCAGGCAGGAGGAGAAGAUGGUGAAAUGAAAGGUGAUGAAGGUGAAGCUGAAGGCCAGGAAUCCAAUGCUGAAAAUCAAGGUGAUGAGAAAGGUGCAGAGGGUGAUGAGGGAGGUGAUGGAGAUGAUAGUGAAAGUGAUGAGGAGGAGGAGGAGGAAGAAGAGGAAGAGGGGGAGAAAAAUGAGGAGCCUCUGUCACUGGAAUGGCCCAAGACCUGGCAGAAGCAGGCCUUCUACCUCUUCCUCCUGCCCAUUGUUCUCCCGCUGUGGCUGACGGUGCCUGACGUCCGGAGGCUGGAGUCUAGGAAGUUUUUUGUUCUCACCUUCCUGGGAUCCAUCAUGUGGAUAGCCAUGUUCUCAUACCUUAUGGUGUGGUGGGCUCACCAGGUUGGUGAAACGGUGGGGAUUUCUGAAGAGAUUAUGGGCUUGACAAUCCUAGCAGCAGGCACGUCAAUUCCUGACCUCAUCACCAGUGUGAUCGUCGCUCGGAAAGGCCUAGGAGACAUGGCCGUGUCAAGCUCUGUGGGCAGUAACAUAUUUGACAUCACUGUGGGCUUGCCCGUUCCUUGGUUGCUUUUCUCUCUUGUCAAUGGAUUACUGCCUGUUCCAGUGAGCAGCAAUGGUUUGUUUUGUGCAAUUGUUUUGCUUUUUCUCAUGCUCCUAUUUGUGAUCACUUCGAUCGCAUCAUGCAAAUGGAGAAUGAACAAGAUCCUGGGCUUGAUAAUGUUCCUCCUUUACUUCGUGUUCCUGAUAGUCAGUGUGAUGUUAGAAGACCGAAUCAUAUCCUGUCCUGUAUCUGUCUGAGUCAGACCAACUGUUGUUCACAGUGGAUGUAGGGCAGAAGACCAUGCCCGAAGUUCAUGCAUUUCUUGUUAACUUCAGCGAAAGAACACGAUCCCGGACAGUGGCCCAGAGCCUCUGAUGUGAACGUGAUCGGGGACUGCACUUUCUCCUUGGAAACAUCUGGCGGCUCAUGGUGGAUGAAGGACCUCCCCUCUGGAGGGGUGGGGUUCCUCCCUGACUGAUGCAGACCUCCAUUACGUGGGGGCCAGCAGAGGACCCCUGCAGCCACAGGGUUUUCUAAAUGCGAGAUAAUUGGGGCUGAGGGCUGGGACUGGCACAGCAGCAGUAAGACAAGCUCUUUUGCUCCCUGUCCCUCAGUCAUUCCUGAAGAGCCGCUGACCCAGAAGGUGCAGACAUGGUCUACAUCUCGCCCCCUGGCCCCUGCCCCAAGCACAUGUUGCAAUUUGCACUACAGGUUCAGUUGUUGGUGAGUUUAAGAAGCUAAGGCUACAGGAAAAAAGGAAGUAUAACAGGAAUCUAUUAGCAUGCCACAUCCCCAUCCAGUAAAAUGUGUACCAGUAUCUUCUAGCUUAAACGGAUAUUAGCUCUUCCUGCUGCAUAUGUGAAAUGGGAAAUUAAAACAGGAAGCAGUCCGAGAAAUGAACGUUUAUGAUUGUCCUUGAAGGAGUGGAGAUGAGGAGAGGAAAACGACUCGAGGGGCAAUUAAAAAAUAUGUACUUAUUAGAAAAUCCAAGUUAAUGUUGUCUCCAUCAAGUGGUCACCCUGAGGGAUUAGACUUCUAAUGGAGCUGUCCUGGUCCUGCCACUCCAGCAGUGACAGCUCUUCCCACUUGUGAGAAGGGAAGUAAUUUUAAAGAGUCCAAAGUCAAUCAAGCUCAAUCAGAUUGAUAAGGUAGACGAUCUAGUGGAGCAAGGCAGUUUUUAAUGUCAACCUAGGUAAGACUAUAAGCAAGGAGACCGAUUUUCUUGCCUGGUUUACAAGUGGAUCUUAAGGCAAUUACAAAGGAGAAAAUUCCAAAAUGCCCAAUGCAACGACAACGUGGUAGGAAAAGGGUGUUGAGACCUCCCAAGGUAGUUAGUGUGAAGGACAUUUGUGUUUUUAAAAACUGUGUUGUUAUUUAAACAUUUUAUGAGGAAUUUCACGUGCUUUUAUAUUAAAUACCACUGCUUGCUGCUUUUAACAGCAGCAUAUUAGGAACUCACUAGCAAUGAAACCCACAAGUUACGUCACUUGGGUUGGAGGCCAGGUGACAGCAGACUGCGAUGGUAAAUAUGGCUUUAAUACAAACCUGAGAAAUGAUUCACCGAAGACUGGAAGACAGCAGGACAGGUGUGAUGUGACAGGAAAAAAAAAAAAAAGAAAAAAAGCUUUUAGUGUUGAAGCGCUAAGGUGUUUGGAGAACUUUGGUCCCAGUGGGAACACAGUGAGGCUUUCAAGUCAGAAUUCAUCUUUUAAAUCAGAAUUCGUCUUUUAAAAUCAGCUAGUUAAUUUAAGUAAGGGCCUCACUAGCCUAGGAUUCUCCUAUUCUUUGGAAAUAAUUUUUGUUAAAAUUCAAUAAAUUGCCAGUCUCGUUGGUCUAUUACUUUACCAACAGGGAUGAACUCAUCCCUGGUGUUAGGUUUUCUUGGUCAGAAUGCUCAAGAGAAGGCUGAUGAAGGAUAUGGAACCACGUUUAAAUUCCACUUUCAUACAUUUGUUAUCCUCAUUUCUGAUGCUAUUGCACGCCUAGGUCCCCCAUGCCGUUGCCUAAGAGCAGGAGGAGAGGAGAGAACAAGGCCUGUGGACGCGAGAUUCCGAUACUAAAACUCUGGCUGGCAACUGGUGUCUGCAGCCAAUUCCAGCUUGUCCUGGAGACAUACUGCCUCCUCACAGCCCAGGAUCUGACACUCUGCCCCAGACCAGCUGAGUGAGGAGUGAUGGACAGUGAAAUGUUCAGUAAUGAUAAAGUGCUGAAAAUUCAUUUAAUGAUUAAAAACCCCCCAAAACCAAACCUGUUGCCAUGGAAUUGAUUCCAACUCAUAGUGACCCUACAAGACAGAGUAGAAGUGCCCCAUAGGGUUUCCAAGGCUGUCAUCUUUAUGGAAGACGACUGCCACAUCUUUUUCCUGCAGAGUUAGCAGCUGAACACUCACCCACUAAGCUACCAGGACUCCUUUUAAUGAUUAAAGCCAACUCUGAUGAUCUAACAUCCUUUUCCCAAUCAGUUAGCUGAAUUUCUACCAUUUCUUUUUGCCUAGAAAGGAAGUUCUGAUCACUUUACACUAUGACAGAAAGGGACAAGUACAUAAAAUGAAAGCUGGGUCUUGAUGGGUGAGCAGGAAUUCAGUGGUGAACAAAGACAAGAAGAUUUCAGGGAGAUGGAAACUUAUGUCACAUCGAAGAGAUUAAUUUGUUAUGUUUGGGAAUGAAAAUUUUUGUCAUACACUUAUAAACCUACUAUAACUUAUUAAAAUGAUGUUGUUUUGAGGUAAAGGAUCAUCUUAAAAUGUCAAGAUAAUAUUCAGAUGGUUUUCUCAUUUAAUAGGCAAAACAAUCUCUGUAGUUGCCUGGGACAAAUUCUAGGCCAUUCAUUCAGUUUAGAAAGUCUGACCUGAACCAUGUGGGCAUCUGAACUGAAAGAAGGCAGA